GCCAGGAUGAAGUAAAAUUAAUUAUUUUUGUAUAUAUUUAUAUUUAAACAUAUUCUUUUAAGUUUUAAUAGCUGCUGUUAGGUCUGUCUAUAGAAUAUUUACUAUUUAAUCAAUUAGUGACGCUGUUCAUGCUAAAUGUACAAAAUGGGUAAAAACAAAAUGAUAGCGAAAAGUUGUCCAAAAUGCGAGUUACAGGUGGCAGUAGCAUCAAAGUCCUGUAAGUGCGGACACACUUUCUUCGCAGCCCGACGAGGUGCAGACACCCUACCAGCCGCGGAGGAUAUCAGACGUAGGACAGGGAGAGUGAGACGUUCACAGCCGCAGUUCUACGAUUCACAGCAUUACCAAAAGGAGAAAAAGAGAUCCCCAAAGAAAAGAUCACUAUCAACAACUAUUGAAAGUGAUUUCAAGAAAGAAAAGGGAGAAACCGCGACAGCCAGGGCUCGCCGUAGACGUGCGUUGAAGCGCGCCAAUCGCUCCCCCGCUGUCGGUGAGCGCGGACGUGAUCCGACUCCCCAGUUGAAACCGGCACAACUUGCUAGAUGUAAUCUAAUAUUACAGGAGAUUAAUAGGAAAAUGCGCGCCGUCACUUGGCAACCCCCAACUGACGGUUGAAUGAACUUUAUAGACAUAUAAGGAACUUAUGGCAGUUUGACAUUGAUAAGGGGGCUAUUCCUAACAUUCUAAAGUCUCCCAAGUCGAUAAUAAAACAAAAACAUUUGCUUUUUUUUUCUAAAUUAUGCAAUGGUCACUUUCGCAUUGGUCAAAAUAUGACGCUUUCAAGUGAAAUUAUUUCACAAAAUAGCCAACUGUCAUAAUCCUUGUAUGACUAUACAGUUUGCUGUGUCAAUUUUAAUACCAAAAUUAUGUUGGAUUACCUUUAUUCAGGUAACGAAAAACGUGCAGUGUACAAUCAGUGCCCUUUGCGGUGUUCCAAUUUCAGAAUAACCAUCUGUUUCUUUCAAGUAAAAAUAAAAAGUUAGUUGUAUACUGUUUUUAGGAAAGAUACAUUUUAAUGCUUCUUAUUGGUUAUUGUUCACCACAAAGGGUACAAAACUCUUAAACAACUUGUUUUAAAAAUGGAACACUGUUAGAUUCCCUGAUUGUACAUAUGUAGGGCACAUUGCUAAAUAUUUUCUUAUUCCAUAUGAAGAUGAUCUCAAUAUCUUUAUUAUGUACUAUAAACUUGAUGUGUUCAGAUGAAAAUAUAUGAACUUUUUAAUGUACCAACCAUAGACAAAUAAUCUAUAGAACUGUUUCACUGUUUUCAAGUUAAUGUUGCUUUUUUUGUAUAAUUCAACUCUA